GAAAAGGGCACUUUUCCAAAGCGACGGCGGCACCAAAGGGCAAUGUCACGCGCCCGCGUCUACGCUGACGUGUGCGAGUCGCGGCCGCGCGAGUACUGGGACUAUGAGAACUUAUCGGUGACGUGGGGCGACCAGGACGGGUACGAGGUCUCGCGCAAGAUCGGCCGCGGCAAGUACUCGGAGGUGUUCCAGGGCGUGGCCGUCGCCAACGACAAGCCGUGCGUCAUCAAGAUCCUCAAGCCCGUCAAGAAGAAGAAGAUCAAGCGCGAGAUCAAGAUUCUGCAGAAUCUGAGGGGUGGUCCCAACAUUGUCCAGCUCCUCGACGUCGUCCGCGACCCGCAGUCCAAGACGCCGUCUCUGGUCUUUGAGUACGUCAACAACCACGACUUCAAGACGCUGUACCCGACGUUGACGGACUUUGACAUUCGCUACUAUAUCUUUGAGCUGCUCAAGGCGCUCGACUUUUGCCAUGCGAAUGGCAUCAUGCACCGCGACGUCAAGCCCCACAAUGUAAUGAUUGACCACGAGAAGCGCCAGCUCCGCUUGAUCGACUUUGGCCUUGCCGAGUUUUACCACCCGAACCGCGAGUACAACGUCCGCGUCGCGUCGCGCUACUACAAGGGCCCGGAGCUUCUUGUCGACAUGCAAGAGUACGACUACUCGCUCGACAUGUGGAGCGUCGGCUGCGUCCUCGCCGGCAUGAUCUUCAAGAAGGACCCGUUCUUCCACGGCAACGACAACUACGACCAGCUCGUCAAGAUUGCCAAGGUCCGCGGUACGGAAGACCUCUUCGAGUACCUCUCGACAUACGACCUCGAGCUCGACCCGCAGUACGAUGGCAUCCUUGGCACGCACUCGAAGAAGCCGUGGGAGAAGUUUCUCACGGCCGACAACAAGCACCUCGUGACGCCGGAAGCACUCGACUUUCUCGAAAAUUUGCUCAAGUACGACCACCAAGAGCGCUUGACGGCCAAGGAGGCGAUGGCCCACCCGUACUUUCAAGUCAUUCGCGACCACCAUGACGCGCAGCAGCAAGCGGCGACCUAAGAUGAUGCGACGCGCCAUUCGUCGGAUGCUCGUAAUAGUACCUGCGGCUACUACCGAUCCCAUUUGACAACUUCUUCUGCA